CCCCUCCAAAUCUUUCCCCUCUUUGUCACUGACAUGCUCACUAACUUUCAGCUAGAAAAGAUGCCCACACACCGUGUAGGCAGCCAACCUGCUACAGAAGAAGAUGCCAACAGCGAGUACAGUGAACAAUUCAAGCCAAUACGCAUUACAGUUGCGCUUUUGGUGCCAAAGAAGGGCAAGGAUGGGAAGGACAAGAAACCCAACACCAUCCAGAAGCAGUUUCAACUUGAUGUCCUUGGGAGCAAUAGGGAAAUUGAGCCAUCCAUCUUUUGGGGGGCUGCUCUCGGGGCAUUGGGUCCCGGUUAUUCCACAGUGUAUGUGCUGGGAAAUGGCACUGGCAAAUGGCCCAUCUUCAAAUGGCACAAAGAAGGUGCAGCUGCGAGCAAGCGACUCCUAAUUGAGACAAAUGUGGAAUUUUCGUCAAUGAUUCAGGCCAUUCGCAGCCAGAUGCUGCUCACUAUCACCAUAAAAGUCAACUUGGACGACUUUCAAGCAAUGCUGCAGCCGACUCCCAGUACUACGAAUGCACAUUGGCAUGCGAGUUAUGAGCCACCUGGUUAUGGCAAUGUGGGUAAAGCACCCAGCAUCACAAAUCUUACCCCAUUGGAGGCAGAACGUGCUGCAAAAGUGGUUCAACUUCAAGAGCAGUGGGCAUGCAUUGAUCCUCACCAUACUAAUGGACAAUACUGCUUCAUCUGUAAAGCUGGUGACCUGUGCAUACCGUUGUCUCCACAUGCUCUGAAGCACUGGGCAUCUAGUUGGAUUGAGGGCACAGCAUCAUUGAACAGUCCCCCUAAUAGUCAUUAUUUUGAUUUGACUACCCAUCACCAUUCCAAAUCCCAGUCCCACACCCCUGGAAAUCCACCAGCUAACAAUCAGCUUGAAACUCUCAUGACACUUGCCCUUGUGGCCAUGGUCUCCACUUUGAACCCGAAAGCAUCAGCAUUGCUUGUUCCUCCAACACAUGCUGACAAAGUGCCAUCGCCCAAAAAGCAAAUUACAACGGUCCAACCCCUGGGUAGCUGUAAGGGAUGGACAGGGAUGGGAUGA